UAUGUAGACAUAAGCACACAUGGCACCAUCGAGGUGCGGGAUGUUUACUUUCUACACGAGUUAUUUUUCAGUUUCGUCCUAAGAACAGAUUGUAGUGGUAAAAUAAAAAGGGAUUUUUUUUUUUGUGCCAUUAAGGCUAAAUUGAAUUCUAAACGUCACCCCGGUCAAAACGGGCUCUGCGAUGGGCCUGCGCUGGUGUUCCAGUUUAGCCAACGUUCUUUUGCAAUUUUCAGCCUUGGGUGAAUUUCGACUUGUUCUAUUGUCCAGCCUACCCCUGCACUUUUAAGACAGUCCCAUAGCCGCAAGUGCAUAAUAUUCCCCAUUGACAGCCAACGUAAAGUCACUUUUUGAAAACGGAGAAAAUAAAGGUUAUACCUUGCGCUCUACCAUCGGAAUUAAGAUAUCUCUAGGACCUUCAGUUGAAGAUGUAUUGACGAGCAAACUCCGAAUAUCUAACCACUAUCCAAACUGGAAACAAACCUACUGCGGUGAAUCUCGGCUGACAUUAACUGGAAAACUACGCUAGGUUAGCGUAGCUGUUUGAAAAUGAUACCAACAAAGGUGAGAUGGUGUCGGCAAGAGCAACUAGCUAGUAAUUAUUGUAAUGAAACAGCAGGUCGUUACAUUAUAUUAAAAAGUAACGUGUUACUUAGUCAACAUGUUAUUUGUUUAAAUUAUUAUUAUCUAGCAGUUGCUCUUACCGACACCAUGUCCCAUCCUUAGCUAGUUAGCCAUGUGAAAAAACAAAUAAAUUUUCAUUUGCUAGGAUUCAGGAAGCCAACCUAGCUUGCAGUUAGAACCAACUAAAGUUAGCUAGUAACUGUAGCUAGCUACGUGUCUCUGUAUAAGCGCGUCAGCUAAUUACUCAAAUGUAAUGUGAACGUUGGCUAGCAGUGACCAACCAAGACCGGUGAAUCUAACACGUCAGUUUAAUGUCAGGGGCGUUAGCUUGCUUGCUAGCUAACUGUUUUCUUUUCAGCUGAGUAAGAAGGACCCAACCCCUCAGCUCAUCCCAGUCAAACAAGUUUAUUUGGCUUGACGACCCUGGAUCAGAGCUGUGUUGAAACGCACCAGAACAAUCGCUUCGACGAAAAUAACGUUAACGCAAGGUAUUGCGUUUUAGUCAGCUAGCUUGUUGAAGCUUAGCAAGAAAAGUGCACGUUUCAGAAAUGGCAACAGCCGGAACAGUUCAUUCAGGUCCAGCGAGUUCAACUGUAGGCUCAACUGGGACUCAGAAGAUAGCUUCUUUAGAGGUUCUAGGGUCCUCAGGCUCGUCUCAAACUAUAAAGAAGACUAUUGGCCACCGUGGGCUUGACCCCACUGGGGAGACCACCUACAAGAAGACUACCUCGUCUGCCCUGAAAGGUGCCAUCCAGUUGGGCAUCACACACACAGUGGGCAGCCUGAGCCAAAAACCUGAGAGAGAUGUACUCAUGCAGGACUUUGAAGUGGUGGAGAGCAUCUUUUUCCCCAGUGAGGGCAGUAACCUGACCCCAGCCCACCACUACAGUGACUUCAGGUUCAAGACCUACGCUCCCAUCGCCUUCCGCUACUUCAGGGAGAUGUUUGGUAUCCGACCAGACGAUUACCUGUACUCGCUGUGUAACGAGGAACUGAUUGAGCUGUCCAACUCUGGAGCCAGCGGAUCUCUGUUCUACGUCUCCAGCGAUGACGAGUUCAUCAUUAAGACUGUGCAGCACAAAGAGGCUGAGUUCUUACAGAAACUAUUGCCUGGCUACUUCAUGAACCUGAACCAGAACAAGCGAACCUUGCUGCCAAAGUUCUACGGUCUCUACUGCAUCCAGGCAGGGGGAAAGAACAUCCGCAUUGUUGUCAUGAACAACCUGCUCCCGCGCGCCGUGCGCAUGCACCUCAAGUACGACAUGAAGGGCUCCACCUAUAAGAGACGAGCCUCAGCCAAGGAGCGAGAAAGGGCUGUGCCCACGUUCAAGGAUCUGGACUUCAUCCAGGACCUUCCCGAUGGUCUUCUGUUGGAACCAGACAAUUACAACGCCCUCAGCAAGACCAUCCAGAGAGACUGCCUGCUGCUACAGAGCUUUAAGAUCAUGGACUACAGCAUGCUGGUGGGGAUCCACAACCUGGAGCAGGCGGCCCGGGAGCGGGCUGGAGAGGUGGCCGACCAGAGGCCCCCACCGUCUCAGGGCCAAAAGUCCCUCUACUGCACUGCCAUAGAGGCCAUCCAAGGAGAGGCGCACGGCAAGGGAGCAGUGGACACUGAGGACAACAUGGGAGGUAUUCCAGCACGCAAUUCCAAGGGCAAGAGGAUGCUGGUGUACAUUGGUAUAAUCGACAUUCUGCAGUCCUACAGGUUUGUGAAGAAGAUCGAGCACUCCUGGAAAGCUCUGGUCCAUGAUGGGGAUACAGUGUCAGUGCACAGACCAGGUUUCUACGCUGACCGCUUUCAGAAAUUCAUGUGCAACACAGUCUUCAAGAAGAUUCCAUUGAAGACAUCCCCAUCAAAGAAGACCCGAGUGGGGACCCAGGGAGGCUUACGGAGGGCCAACACUGCAAGCUCCAGACCCUUUCCAUUCCCCCAGCCCAGCAGUAGCAGCAGCCUAGGAGUCCCACACUCCCAAAGUACAGAGACUGAGGGAGUCAGCGUGGUGCAGUCAGGAUGCCCUGACAUACCACCAAAUACCCCCAUACAUGAUGUUGUCACCAGUAACUCUGUUGAAACAACCCUCUUCAAUUCCUUGUUGGGAAGCUCGAAGCUCGCUACCACAGCUCCCUCCGUCAGAUCUGUGGGAGAGGAGGUCCAUGAGGCAGCCAGUACAGAGGACGCUAGCACCCCCAAAAGUUUUGAAGCAGUGACCUCAGUGUCGUCAGUUGAUGAGUGCAUCGGUGGAUGUGACGUCAUCUCACUCAGUGACAUAGUUCCUCAGACAAGCAGCUGUUAUUGAACAAUUUACUGUGAAAGACUGAAAUGGACUGUAAUGUGAGGACAAUUAGGUCAAAGCAAGUCAAUGGAUGGGAUGAGUGUAAGAUGAAAAACUUUUUGAAGGCCUUAUGAAAGAGAAACAAUGGAAGGAUAAUGCGAUAAUGCGACAGAGGUAAAGGAGGGAAAAAGAAAAGAAAGACUAAGAGGACUACAUUUGGAAUGCUACACACUCCAGAUGCUAUUAUGGGGACCAUACAUCCAAAUUCCAUUGAUGGGAUCCUUCUCGUUUGAUCUUUCCAAACCCUGCACGGGAUUAGGUAGUACUGUGUCACAGUGCAUGGGUGCCUUUUCUAUUAGACCACAGUUGGUGGUGUAUUAGACAAGUACAUCUAAAUUGUAGUUGUUGUGCAUUGCAUCUCCGAACGGGUGCCUCUGUCAGGACCUGCACAUCUCUGAAACUAAGAGACUCCUGGUAUUGUUAUAGUCGAGGCAAUGGUAGACAUGCUACAUUAAUAAGUUGCCUUAUGUAAGAAGAGAAGAGGCUAAACAAGCCUUCACAAAAGUGACCAAAUGGCGUCAAGACUGUUUCUCCCUUUUGUGAUUCAUUCAUCCUGCCUGUGAAUUGGAUUGCUGGAGAUCUUCCAUAUUGAGCUUUCCUGUACUAUACUAUCAUUACGUUAUAUUGGUAUACAUUAUUUUAUUCCAAACUGUGGCACUAUGACAGAAUGCCACUAUUGGUGUUCAGGAGUACUGUUUGAAGAAUUUUUAAUUAAAAAAAAAAAAUCCCUGUGACAUAUUUAGAGUUUUGGCCUUGCUCCACAAGCUCACUGUGAAUGUUACACACCCUGUAUGCUGGAAUGGCUAGAAUGUACAGUGUUUGGUAAACCCAUUAAGAAAGCAAUUUAGGGCAUGAAGCAAGCAGGGCCUAUAGUUUCUGGUGUGUAAAGAUGGGUCUUAGCUAGCGCUUCGUGGCAUGAGACAGUUGGGCUUAUAGAACAACAUUUUACUAUGGAAAAGCACAUAUACAAGGAUCAACAAAUAGUUUCUCAACAGGAUUAUUUUUAGGGUAUGAAAGAAUACUUCUAAUGAUCCCCUAUACAUUUUUAUAACUCAUUCCACAACCAGAAUCAAUAUAGAAUGAUUUUACACCGUUAUAAUUCCUAUGUAUAAUCCCUACCUUUUCUAUAACAGGAAGCAGCCACAGCACUUCUGUAGGUGAUACUUGAGGGUUCAGGUGUGGAAUGUUGUCCCCUUUUGAUGUUUCCAUUGAUCCCCCAAUGACGAAGGUGUUAUUUAAAACAAUGACAGGUUCAGCCAUAGAGGUACACUGAACACUAAUAUAAAUGUGACAUGUAAAGUGUUGGUUCCAUGUUUCAUGAGCUGAAAUAAAAGAUCCCUGAAAUUUUCCAUAUGCACAAA